AUGGAGGAAGAAGCAUCAAAGUCCUAUACUAUAUACUUUCAGGAGCAUGAACUUGUCAGAAAAACAACUUCUGCCGUCCUCGGCCGUUUUCAACAGAAUCGUUCUAAGAAAAUCUGCUUACCCAUUGGGCGGAUUAAGCUGGAAGUUGAAUUUGGUGAUGAGUACAAUUACAGAACGGAGUUUCUGAUGUUUGAGGUGGUCAAGAUUAAAAGCCCAUAUCAUGUUAUCUUUGGUUGGCUGGCUUACGCUCGUUUCAUGGCCUGGCCCAGUUAUGUUUAUCUCAAGCUCAAGAUGCCUGGACCAGAAGGCACUAUCACAGUUGAUGGCCACAGAAGGAUUGCUCUUGAGUAUGAAGAGGGGGACACAGCUUAUGCUGAAUCGGCCUAUGCAGCAGAGGAGUUGAAGUUUUACACAUCCAAUGUUGACCCGGCCGACAUGACACCCCUGAAGAAACCCACCACAGAGUCUGAUUCCCCGCUCAUGUUUAAGUCGGCCGAGGACAUGAAACAUGUUGAUUUCACCCCUGGCGACUCAUCCCAAUAA